GGCGGAGCGGAGGGAGCCGCGCGGGGCCGGGUCUAUGGGGAAGGCGGCCGCGCUGUACAGCGGCAGCACCCGCGGGCUGGUCUCCAUCCUCAGCGCCGUCCCGUGCCUGGCCUGCAAGAACCCGCCGGGCCCCGGCCGCCCCGCCGGGCCAGUCAUGAGCGGGGGCAGCGAGCCGGGCCAGGCGGGCAGGGGCGGCGGGGCCGGGCUGGGGGUCCCGGCCGCCCCCGCCGGGCCCGGCUCCGACACCUACAAGGGCUGGCUCUUCAAAUGGACCAACUACCUGAAGGGCUACCAGCGCCGCUGGUUCGUGCUCAGCAACGGGCUGCUCAGCUACUACAGGACACAGGCCGAAAUGGCUCACACCUGUCGCGGAACCAUCAACCUGUCAACAGCGCACAUUGAUACGGAGGACUCCUGUAACAUCGUACUCUCCAGUGGGGGAAGGACAUACCAUCUAAAGGCAAGCUCCGAAGUGGAGAGGCAGCGAUGGGUCACUGCUUUGGAGCUGGCCAAAGCAAAAGCUAUCCGUAUGAGGAACAACCAGUCAGAUGACUCGGGUGAUGAGGAUCCAGCCUCGCAGUCUGACAAGAGUGAGCUGCACAGCACUCUGAAAAGCCUCGCCAGUAAGCUGGAGGAUCUAAGCACGUGCAAUGACCUUAUUGCCAAGCACGGGGCAGCUCUCCAGAGGUCCCUGAGUGAGCUGGAGAACCUGAAGCUGCCUGCCGAGAGCGGGGAGAAGAUCAAAGCCGUCAAUGAGCGAGCCACUCUCUUCCGGAUCACCUCCAAUGCUAUGAUCAAUGCUUGCCGCGACUUCCUGGAGUUAGCCGAGAGCCACAGUCGGAAAUGGCAGCGGGCACUACAGUAUGAGCGGGAGCAGAGGAUCCGCCUGGAGGAGACCAUUGAGCAGUUAGCCAAACAGCACAACAGCUUGGAACGGGCCUGCCGGGGAGCUCCCGGCCUGUCCUCGAGCUCCACAGCAGUCAGCAGCACUUCCAAGGGGAGUGUGCAGCCUGCCAAAGGGGAAGCCAGUGAUGAAGAUGAGGAGACGGAGUAUUUUGAUGCCAUGGAGGAUGCACCAGCUUUUAUCACAGUAACUGCAGACCCCAAACAUCACAGGCGUUCUGGCAGUAACCUGAGCGGGGCCAGCGAGGGGCACCCUGAGGACUGGAACCUGGAGGACAAUGUCUUUGAGAGCACAAAUCAAACUGGCGACAAGGAAUCAACGUGCAAAGACGUCCUGCCGAAGAAGAGGAGACGAACGCGCAUUCCAGACAAACCCAAUUACAGCCUUAACCUCUGGAGCAUAAUGAAAAACUGCAUUGGCAAAGAACUGUCCAAGAUCCCCAUGCCUGUAAACUUCAACGAGCCGCUUUCCAUGCUGCAGCGGCUGACCGAGGACCUGGAAUACCACGAGCUGCUGGACAAAGCCGUGAAGUGCGAGAGCUCCACCGAACAGAUGUGCUUCGUUGCUGCAUUUUCAGUGUCUUCCUACUCGACGACUGUGCACCGCACUGCGAAGCCGUUCAACCCCCUGCUGGGGGAAACCUACGAACUGGACCGGCUAGAUGAGCUUGGCUUCCGAUCGCUCUGCGAGCAGGUGAGCCAUCACCCACCAGCUGCGGCCCAUCAUGUGUAUUCCAAGCAAGGCUGGACACUGUGGCAGGAAAUCACAAUUGCCAGCAAGUUCAGGGGCAAAUACCUCUCUAUCAUGCCACUAGGUGCCAUCCAUCUAGAAUUUCACUCCAGCGGGAACCACUACGUCUGGAGGAAGGUCACCUCCACUGUUCACAACAUCAUUGUGGGCAAGCUCUGGAUCGACCAGUCUGGUGACAUAGAGAUUGUGAACCACAAGUCAAAAGAUAAAUGCCAGCUGAAAUUUACACCCUACAGCUAUUUCUCCAGAGACGUCCCCCGAAAGGUGACGGGUGUGGUAACGGAUGCUGAUGGGAAGGCGCAUUAUGUCAUGUCUGGCACGUGGGACGAAAAUAUGGAGUGUUCCAAGAUAGUGCAAAGCAGCCACAGCAGCACCAGCUCGGAGGGCAAGCAAAAAACUGUCUACCAGACGCUGGCCCCAAAGGUCCUGUGGAAGAAAUAUCCUCUCCCGGAGAAUGCCGAGAACAUGUAUUUCUUCUCUGACCUGGCCCUGACUCUGAAUGAGCCUGAGGAACGAGUGGCGCCCACAGACAGCAGGCUGAGGCCCGACCAGCGGCUCAUGGAGAAUGGCAAGUGGGAUGAGGCCAAUGUGGAGAAGCAGAGGCUGGAGGAGAAGCAAAGGGCUGUACGUCGCAGGCGGGAGGCGGAAGCUGUGGAGGCCUUGGAGGAAGGCAAAGACUACGAAGGCUACAUCCCACUGUGGUUUGAGAGGAAGGUGGAUCCCCUGACAGGGGAGCUGAUCUGUGUUUACAAGGGUGGAUACUGGGAAGCAAAGGAGAAACAGGACUGGGAUCUGUGCCCUGAUAUCUUCUGAGCUGCUCCUCCCAUGCCAGGCUGGCAGGCCACAGGAUAGGAGGAGGAGGAGCACCUGGGAUGCAUCGGGCAACAUCCUGCUGUUCAUGUCACCGCGCACAGAAACACACAGAGUAAAUAAAUACAGAAAUUUAAAAGAAAAUAAAUCAAAACAGAGAUUCCAAACCUAUUUUUUUAUGCACUAAUAAAAUAGCAUUCAGUGUUUUUUUAACAGUGGCGUUUUUUUAGCUACUAAUUAGGAACAAAAACACGUUGAAUCUGGUUCCUUUUUAGCCUAGCGUAUUUAUUGCUGUCAGAAGUUGCUGCCUAUAUUUUUCGAAGCCUCAGCUUUAUUCACUGAGACGUCGACUUCCAAAGAUGCACGCGUUGCGGGGAUACGAUGCACAGUCCUUGGAGAUCUUCCUUUUGACUUUUUUCCCCAUUUGUGUAUGGACUUAAUUUUUAAAAAAUCUGCUUGUAGUUCAGGUUCCUUUUUACAGACAUAAGCAACUCUCUGAUCCCAUUCAUCUCCGAAGCUCUAGGGAGAAGAUGACUUUUCUAGGGAUGGUAGAUUAGGUGCUUAUUCCUAGGUUCUUUCCAUAGUUCCCAGCAGUGCCCGAUGCUCCCACAGCUAUGAAUUAGGUUCUUUCUGAAGCUAUUUAGGUGACUUUUCUGGCGGAUUGUUUGAGUGGAUUUUUUUCCAAUCUGCAAUAUUGAGUUGAUAUUUUUUAGAACCAUCUCUAACAAGAUGCUUUUUUGGAUCAUGUUCGUUUUGAUUUUUCCCUGCAACUCUGUCUUAAUUGGAAACCGUUCCUUCCAGAGAGCAGACAAGAGGCGAUCUGUCUAGGGAGACUUUUUAAACUUGCCCUCAGUCAGAGUAGAGUCAGCCUUCGUGGGCUAGAGCCAAGACCCUUACUCAGCAGUUCAUAGAUACCACCAGUGCUUAGCGGGAUCCAUAGCCCACCCCAGCCCAGCACCUCAAGGCCCCUUCCCCCUCCAUGUCUCGCAGCAGCAGUUAAUGUUCCCAGCUCUCUACACCUUCCUGCAACAGUUUCCAGGCAGGGUUUAGGCUCUGAGCUGCCCUUCGGACACCAGGCACAAAGGUUGAUGCCACAUGGAUGGUUCCCGUCAUAUUGCAAUGUCAGUCCCUGUAAGGGACAGUUGGAGGUGCAGGGAACAGUGACACUCGUUUAGGCAAAGCAGUAGCAUGGUUGAUGGCGAGCCCGAAGUGUAGUGGGAGGCUCUCGAACAAGCAGAUGGCUCCCCUACCCCGUUCCUUUCCCCCAUUCCCAUUUCUUUGGGCUUUCUGCCAUUUCCACCCCAUCCUCCGGCUAUUUCCGUGGGGUUCUUUCUCUUGUGCCCACCCCCAAUCUGGAGCUAGGGAGCAGAGCCUGGGGGGCUCAGCGGAGGAGCAGGAGGGGAGAUGUAGUGACCUGGGAUACAGCGAGAGGGAGGAGAUGGCUGGCAGGAUGCCGCCAGCUCCAGCACAGGGACCCCUGAGUGACGCUGGCUCUGACUGGAGCUCAGUGUUGUGACUGGCUGCCAGUUGCUGUAGCACAGUCACCCGUGACUCGUGGAUGCCAGUUCCCACUCCCCUGAUGCACAGAGACGGGCCAGAUCCAAGAUCCCCAAAUGCAGCUGGAUGCCAGCUUGACCCCGUGACUAUAAUGGCUCUGAGCCCCAACCCCCAAACGCCCAUUACAUCACCCUGCAGUCUGAGGGGAGAGAUGCACGCAGACCCCCUCCCCCCGCCGGGCCCUGGGCAGUGUCCCAGCUCUGGCAUGACUGAGCCGAGCUGCUGAGCUCUGUCACAGGUGCCCCGGGAAAAGCCCAGAGACUUUUGGGCAGAAGGGGUGAGAGCAGCUGUUCCUGCACUGCAGAGGGUGCUUGGGGCUCGCACCAGCUGCUGGGAAUGGGGCACAGCAUUGCAAUGGCCCAGGAGAAAGCCACGGGAUCCAGUCUGCUCUAGGGCCCUCCCUUGGUUCCCUGCAGGAAGGUGGCAGGCAAUGGUUUGAUUUCACUGCUGUGUGCAGUCACCAGUCCUGGAUUGUCACUGACUGCUCCAACUCACAUGCAUCUAAUCUAUUGGCCCCCUGUGCUGCCGGGCUUAUUUAGAUCCAUGCAGUACUGCAGGCACUCCCCUCCCGCCCAACGCAAGGCUGGACGAGCAGCAGGCUACCCUAGAACAGGGACCGUCCCCUAGACCGUCACUGCCGAGUGGCAGACAGAGAAACCUCCUCUGAGCAAUCUAUCACAUCCCUUACCUGACGCUAAAAUCCCUCCCUGCAGGAGUUUCACUCAGUGACCAAAGCAUCCCUCCCUGGGCAACGGGCAGCCCUGAACCCAACAGCCUUUGGCACGUGGACGCGCUCCCUUCCAGGCCCCUGGCUCUGGACCGCCCCCCAUUGCAACAAUCCCCUUCCAUAGGGCUCCUGCUGUUGUCAUUAUUAACAAUGUCCCAUCACUGGACAUCCGCUGAGCCCUCACGACAAACAUUACAGCAAAUACUGGGCCACACUCGCCCUUAGGCUGUGAUGCCAGUGGAGCUAGUGUCUGUCCUGAAGCAGCUCAGCUCCUAGAUCUCCUGCUUCCUGUACCUCCCUUUCCAAGUGCCACCCCCAGUUGGGUGGGGACAGAGGCCCGUGCACUUCUGCUGCCUCCUCCCCACCAGAGCAAUCUCCUUGCUGGGAUACUCAGUGCUCCGGAGAUGCCCGGAAAGGGUGAGCAAGCCCUCCAGGUGAUAAAUGAGCAGCAAGAGAAGGUGACUCGCUCACACAUCCUGCUCUGGUGUAUACGUGUCUGGUGACUGAACUGCAGCGUAUCCCGAGAGAGCUCUGUCUGCGCUGGCGUUUGGGAAUAAGAGUCCGGAUCUGCACACUGAUGAGACCUGCCGAGCAUCCUGGGCUUGAAAGGAAGCCAUGUGUGAGCUCUCGGGAGGGCUAGAGGCAGGGUUCUGCCUUGUGUGCUUUCAUUUCUGAUGUCUUCUGCUCUGGCUUUCCUCCAUGUCACACCAACCACUCUGCUCGUGUGGCUCAUAGGCCAUGCUGGGGCAGCUGGGGCCAGCCCCCAUCCACGGGGGAAGAAAAUUAGCAAUAAUGAACUUCAAGGCACUGGUAACUGGAAAACCCAGACUGCACAAGGGACUUGUAUGCAAUCAGAUUCCGAAGACCAUCAGUCUCCUGGUCAGCCCUCUUCUCAUCCACCACCCACAGACUGAUUUACAACACAUGUAUGUAUACAGUAUAUAUACAACUUGUACAAUGUAACAUUAGUGAUUGGCUAUCAGUGUGGUAACACAGCUGAUUUCCGUGUACCCUUUAAUCUUUUAUUUGCUUCUAAUUUAUAUAUAAAUAUAUAUAAAAUUAUUUUGCUUAAAUUUAUAUGGUACAUAAUAGAUGAAAAAUAAUGAAGACGGAUAUGGCUGUCUGAGGUUUUAUAGUACAACCUGUAUAGUAUAUUUCAGCUUAUCUUUCAGGUAGGCUUGUUCUAAAAUGAGCAGGGAGAGAGAGGUUUAAGGUAUUUGCUUAACUAGCUAAGUAACAAUUGCUCCAGAGCCAAGGUGUUAAUUAGAAAAGAUCCUUCCCUUUUAGAAAACAAGGCAUUUCAGCUUGCUAAGGCCUGGGCUACGCUACAGAGUUAGGUCGACAUAAGGCAGCUUCCAUCAACCUAACUCUGUAAGGGCUGGUCUACACUACGGGGGAAAAUCGAUCUUAGAUACGCAACUUCAGCUACGUGAAUAACGUAGCUGAAGUUGAAGUAUCUAAGAUCGAAUUACUCACUAUCCUCAUGGCGCGAGAUCGAUGUCCGCGGCUCCCCCUGUCGAUUCCGCAACUCCGUUCGGGUUGGUGGAGCUACGGAAUCGAUAUAAGCGCGUUCGGGGAUUGAUAUAUCACGUCUAGAUGAGACGCAAUAUAUCGAUCUCCGAGCAAUAAAUUGCUACCCGCCGAUAUGUCGGGUAGUGAAGACGUACCCUAAGUGACUGCACUAAAAUGUAGCUCCCAUCGCUGCAACUCGCCCAUUACACCAACAUAAUAAUUCCAUCGCUAUGAACCUUUUUGUUGGCCCAGCGCCAAACAUAUUUGUGGGCCCCCCGGGGAAUGAAGGGGCCAGGGGCAAGAGCACAGCAGGCAGGGGAGAUUUGAUUUAAAUCAUGAUUUAAAUCACUAGUCAGGAAGACUCCAUGGCUUUCUACAUAAAAGUGCAUUCUUGUUGGCUGUUAUAACCUUAAUACACAUUCUUCACAACUCAGAGAUAGGUGUAGGUUUCAUUUUUAGAAGGUACAGAUUAUGCAUUUUUAAGUGAUUUAUUUUAAAAACUUUUCAGAUAAGUUUUACAGCUGUGUCAGAAAAUGAAUGAUUGUUUGGUUAUUUCAUUUACCAAAGAUAAUUGAAGCAGAUAUUUACAAAGUCAUUGGGAUGUGAACUAUCUCCAGUUCAACAGGUUAAUCAUUAAUAUUUGGAGGAUUUUCUUGCCAGGCUGUAUUAGGAGGAGAACAUCACCAGACAGACAUUUAAAUUGUUUUAUUUAACUAAAACAACAAUGUUAAGUAUUCUGGAUUUUUUUCUUCAACAGCAAACAUAAUAUUUUAACAAAAAAGCCUAUGUCCCUCGCUUCUCACAUUUGUCUCCAGACUUCUUCUCCUUGUCCAGAUCUAUUCUGCCCCCAACAAUCUUCGAUUCAUUGAACUUUUUGAAACUUUUCACUUUUCAAGAGAGGUAAGGGGUUGACCCUGUGUACACAAAUAUGCAGAGGGACAAUAGAGUUGAGUCUGUUAUUUCUCACCUCUGUAUAUUAUUUAUUUAUUUAAAAACAUUUUUGCUGGUAACAAGCAUGUUACCUCUGGAGACACAAAUCUACAUUUUGAAAACUGCAAAACUAAGCAUCUCUGAUGGUAUCUUCUAGACUGAGCACUGAGUCCCAUUGAGUAGAUAGAAAGAUUAACCUAAAUAAUCUAUACAGAAGCCUCUGGAACCCCGUAAAAUUGGGUCCCUAAUCCAUGAACUAUUGGCACUCAUUUACAAAACUUUUCUUAAACAUGACAUGAAUAUAUUGUCUCAUACAAUAGAAUUAGAAUUUAUAAUCUCUAUUCCAUGAUGAGCUAUAAUGUAUCUUAAUUAAAACUAUCUUUAGAUGGGCUUUUUCCUCAGAAAUCCGAUUUAAAUAAAAAAAAUCCAUUUUUUUCAUUUCUUUUUUUAAAAGUCAUUGAUUUUUAUCCUCCCUGACAGCGGGGCAUGGUGUGGGUGGGGGGGAGGAUUGGUCCCUAGCUGGAGCGAGGCAGAGGCCAGGGGCAAGAGCACAGUGGGGCAUGGGGGGAGGAUUUGUCCCUGCUGACUGGAGCAAGGCAGGGGCUGGGGGGAAAAGCACAGUGGGGUGGGAGCUAGGGUUGGUCUCUGGAGCACAGAAGGGGCCAGGGGUAAACUGCAAGUGCAGCAGGGCUGAGCAGGGAUAAACAGGAUUACCCCCCCCCCCCGCCCACAUAGAGCGGGUACCUACCUUCUCCCUGGUUCUACGCCUCCUGGUGAAGACACCGCGGUAAGUAAAUCUAAGUACAUCGAAGUCAGCUCCGCCAUUCACACAGCCGACGUUGCGUAUCUUAGAUCGACCCCGCGCCGUAGUGGAGACAAGCACUUAGGUCAACUUAAUUUUGUAGUGUAAACUUGCCCUCCAGGGAGGCUCUCAUUGCAGCCAGUUACCAUGUUAGAAAUUCAAUGCUGUGGCUCCUCUUCUCUGCUUGCACAGCCUGGCCCUCAGUACCAGGGUCAGCCAGCGCAGGUGCACGCACGGCUUUCAGCCUGGCUGGUCGUGUGGUUUGCCUGUGGCCUAGUAAAACAGGGGAAUCUCCAUUUUCUGAACUGCUGGGUUGAUGACAUUGUGCCGCUUGGAUCCAGCCUGCUGGGCGACUAUUGCAUGUUCCAUCACCAAGGCAUUUAGACCCUAACUCCUUUUGAGACACACUUUAUGUAACUCUGGGAGCAUAGAAAGUUCUGUGCUUCACAACGCUUCGCUCAUGCCAUUCUUUGUUUGGGUUAGAACAACAUAGACAGCAAAUGUGAAAAGUAAGGACAGGGAGCGGGGGGUAAUAGGAACUUAUAUAAGAAAAACCCCAAAAUCGGGACUGUUCCUAUAAAAUUGGGACAUCUGAUCACCCUGUAACAAAAUUGCACACGGGGGCAGGGGGAGGGGGGGUUCCACUCAAGGUCUGAUUCAGUUUCAUAAAAGGGAGUAGAAAUAUAGCUCUUUAAAAUGCCUUAUUUUUCCUUGCGUAUUUUGUCACAACAAGCGUUAGCCCAGAGCUUGGAAAGGUGGGAGAUUCCUCCGUCGGCCGUCCCUAAAGCAGGACCCAAGCACUGUUGCAGCUAAACAAAGUGCAGAGAGAAGUUAAGUGUUGGCAGCUAAAUGCCCAGCUUUGCUGGUCUCUGGAGCAGCCAUUCGUCCUUUCUGAUCUACCUUCAGUAAAUGCAUUUGUGUAGACGCCUCAUACUCAGACGCUACAGAAUAGCAGAACUAGACAGGGGAAUAUUGGGAAUACACCCAAAAACACCCAGUCAUUUUUAGGACAGCUAAUUUUAAAAGCAAACUACUGCAUUGACAGUUCAUUUAGUGACAACACUUAAUCUGAGCACUGUCCUGGUCUUUCUGUUUUCCCACCAGAGGAUUUUAAUGUCAUUCUACUGUAAAUGCUUUUGAAUGUAAUUCUUUGGAACAAUAUAUUGUGUGAUCUCUCUUCUCCUACACAGUAAUAAAACUUGGAUUCAGGAGUUUUAAAAUGCA